UUUCAAAUCGGACCACAGAGAAAUGAAUAUCCACUGGCUUACGUUCUUGGUUGUGGCAUUUUCUGCUGUUGAAUUACCUAAAGUUGAAGCCUGGGUUCAGUCCGCAAUAACCCAAUGUGCCGCUUGUCCAGAUCAAUUCAAGGGCAAGUUGAUCUGCGCCUUCCUCAACGGCUGCCACUUGGAGUUGGAAUUCUGUGCCAUGAUGACCUUCAAUUGUGGCCGUCAAAUGCAUCAUAAACACUUGAUCCUGGUGAAAAACGAGGGCAAGUGCGAUCCAGUUCGGGGAUACAAAUGCGAGUUCAUGGAUUUCUAAGAUCUGGCGGAUGCUAUCCGCAUUUAUUGAUUGAUGCAAUGAUUACAUUUUAAGGUGCUUAAUCUGAGUGA